AUGAUUGAUGUUACUAUGGGAAUGACACAUAGAUGUGGUGGUGAUGGAGUAGAGGUGGUGCUCAUGAUGAAGGUGGAGUUGGUGGUUGUGGUAGUGGUGGUGGUGGGGAUGGCGGUUGUGGAGGUUUUAGAGGAGGUAGUGGUUGUGAUGGUAGUAGUGGUGGUGGUGGUGAUGGAAGUAGUGGUGGUGGUAGUGAUUGUGGUGGUGGUGGAGGUGGAGGUUGAGGAGGUGGUGGUGGAUGUGGUGGAAGAGGAGGUGGUUGUGGUGGUGGUGGCAGAGGAUGAUGAUGAGGAGGAGGAGGUGGUGGUGGUGGUGGUGGUGAUGGUGGUGGUGGCGGCAGCGGCGGUGGUUGCGGAGGUAGUAUAUGUGGUGGUACAAGUGGUGGAGUUGGAUGUGGAAGUGGAGGUGGUGUCAUUUUUUAAAAUGAAUUAUGGUAUUUUGGGAAUUUAA